GCGUGGCCUCUCUCAGACAUGAUAUUUCUAGUUUUCUCUCUGAACGUCAUUUAAUGAACUGUUUGAGAGUAAAACUGAGUAAAACCAAGUAAAACGGUUGGAUAAAAACAUGGAUCGAGUGGAUAACAAUAAUGAGACAGCAUCACUUUUACACAAUGGUUCCACUUCUAUUGCAACUGGAGCCACAAAAUGUAACAAUGAAAACACAUUUAUCGAGAAAGCUUUGUUACUUCGGUACUUGCAAAGGGGCAUUUCAGAGACAACAGAGGAAAAUAUCGCAUUUACAAAGGAAAUGACAGGUUUAUUAUCCAAAUUAAAUUUUGAUGUUAAGGCGUUGCCUAAUGAUAUAAAAGAAGGUUUAGAAAAGUUGUCUUUAAUCUUAAAAUCUGAGAAGCUAUCAGAAUUUGAUGAAACAGCAUUGUGUGUGGCUAGAGAACGAAAGAUUAUAGAAGAGAAAAGACAACAACGAGAAGAGAAGAAGAUGUCGCUGAUACAUGAUAAGUUAUUUAGAAGUUGCACAAAAUUACAGACAAGGCUGGACCAUUUACAAGAUGCAGUUAAUUCCAUCAACAAUACACUUGAUAUUAUAGAGAAGGAUAAAGAUAAUUUAUAUUGUAAUAAAGUUUUUCUGUCUACGAAAAUGAAAGAAUAUCAACAAGCUGUGGAUAAAUUAGAGACAGACUUAGAUGAUAUGCAGAUUAAUGAACUUUAUCCUGAACAUAUAUUAAACAAGUAUAAACUGUAUUUAGAAAAUAUAAGCAAAUUGGGAGAUUUGAACCAACCACUCUCUCAAUAUAACGAUUUACCACCUAAUUUACUACAGGCAAAAUUAUUACUGGAAAGCAAGAGGAAAGAAUAUGAAAACUUAGAACAAGAAUUUUUAGAAAAGACUCAAUAAGUUUUAAAUUUUAAUCAUAUUUUAAACACAUAGUAUUUUGUAUAUUU